AUGGCAUCUCACGCUCGCAUUCUGCGCCUCGCUCGCUCCACGCCGUCAUCUUUCCACAAUGCCGGACGACUUCGGUUCCAGCCCGCACGACGACAUGCCUCGACAGCCUCUUCCUCCCCCGAGACUCCGGUUCAAUCUUCUGUUCUUAGCCCAGGCGCCCGCGUCUUCCUCUACUCUGCAGCAACAGCAGUGACGGCAUUCGCAACGUACCUUUACGCGACCGACACCCGCGCCAACCUCCUGCAUCGGUACAUCGUCCCGCCGCUGCUGCGUACCCUUGUGCCUGACGCCGAGGAUGCCCACCACAUCGGCACCGCGGCCAUGAAGGCCAUGUUCGACAUGGGACUGCACAUCCGCGAUCGCACCGUCUCCUCGGACGAGCCUUUCCUAGGCGUCACCGUCUUCGGCAAGAGGCUGUCUAACCCCAUCGGCAUCAGCGCCGGGCUCGACAAGGAUGCCCAGAUCCCCGACCCCCUCUUCGCCGUUGGCCCGGCCGUCGUCGAGGUGGGCGGCAUCACCCCGCACCCGCAGCAGGGUAACCCGAAGCCCCGCGUCUUCCGCGUCCCCACGCUCGAGGGCAUGGUCAACCGCUACGGGCUCAACAGCGCAGGCGCCGACGCCGUCGCCCGCACACUCCGUGCUCGCCUGCGAUCGUUUGCGCGCGCAAACGGCCUGACCGAGGCCGACGUGCUGGAGGGUCGCGCUGGCGUCCCCGUCGGCUCUCUGACCCCCGGCCGGUUGCUGUGCGUGCAGGUGGCCAAGGCCAAGGAGACGAACGAGGCAGACAUUGAGGCGGUCGCGAGAGACUACACGCGAUGCGUCGAGCGGCUCGCCCCCUACGCCGACGUGCUCGUCGUCAACGUCAGCAGUCCCAACACUCCCGGCCUGCGGGACCUGCAGCGCUCAGGCCCGCUGGCGAGCAUCCUGUCGGCUGUUGUGGGCGAGGCCAAGGCCGCGGCGGCUCGAUGCGGAAGGGCGGCCGACCCGCCCCGGGUCAUGGUCAAGGUCUCGCCCGACGAGGACUCGGACGUGCAAGUCGAGGGUGUCGUGGAGGCCGUCUGGGGCAGCGGCGUCGACGGCGUCAUCGUCGGCAACACGACCAAGCGGCGCGACGUUAUCCCGCCCCGCGUGUCGCUGUCCGGCAAGGAGGUCGAGAACCUGCACGAGACGGGCGGCUUCUCGGGACCGGCCCUGUUCGACCGCACCGUUGCGCUAGUGGCCAAGUACCGCAAGGCGCUGGAUGGGCAUUCGUUUAGCGCCGGAGCCGGUCGUCCUGCCGCGGCGGCGGUCGAGGCGGGCGCCAAUCUGGAGGAGGUCACCGCUCAGGCUGGCGCUGCAGCCGUCGUUGUCCCGCCGCCGACCAAGAAGGAGCGGGACGAGCAAAAGGUGAUCUUUGCUACAGGUGGCAUCACCAACGGGGAGCAGGCCUUGGCAGUGUUGAACGCGGGCGCCAGCGUGGCGAUGGUUUACACGGGGAUGGUGUACGGCGGUGUUGGCACGGUCACGAGGAUAAAGAGCGAGAUGAAGAAGCAACUGACGCAGAGCUGA